AUGGCUGCCGAUCUGAAGCAUACAAAUGCGACGAUAGCGUCACAGCGCGCAGUCCGCUUCGGGAAUAAUGCGAAGACGAGACCUCGCAAGGCACGUAAGGCCGUCAUCGAACCCAACAGCUACAGCAAGGCAAACGACUUGAUCAAUGGUGUCGUAGUAGGCAGCGGCAUCGGCGGCCUCGCCUGCGGUAUUGCCUUAACAGCCAAGGGCCACAAUGUCACCAUCCUGGAAGCCACCAAGCAGAUGCAAGCCAUCGGCGGGAUCAUCGUCUGCUUCGCCAAUACUGGUCGCGUUCUGGAUCAAUGGGGAGUCUAUGGAUCGCUCCUCAAGAUCUGUCGAGAUAGACCUUUCCGGGGCUCUUUCAAGGAUCGGCAUGGCAAUCAGGUCGCGAGGGGGCCGAAUGCGGCUAUGGAUGAGACCUACGGCUACAAGAUGUGGACUCUGCAUAGAGCCGACUACCACAGAGUGCUCUACGAGGCUGCGCUCGAACGAGGCGUCAAGGUACGGGUAGGGUGUCCGGUCGUCUCUGUCGACGAGACUGUUCCUUCGGUCACAAUCAAGGGCGGCGAGGUCGUUAAGGCUGAUCUGAUCGUUGGAGUCGAUGGCACCAAGUCAGUCGUUCGUGAUGCGAUCAACACGCCGGAGCAGCGAGGCGUUGUCGAUACUGGGCGAGACGUUACCCGAUUCAAUCUCCCUUUCAAAUUCCUCGAAGAAGAUGAAGAUCUAGCUUUUCUCAAUGAACACUACUCGCUCUGGGGUGGUCCAGAAUUAGGUAUCGCUCAGGUACCGAUGCUGCACCAAGGCGAGUGGUGGAAUGGCUUCGAUUUCCACCAUCCACGAUGGCAGCAUUCUCGACCCGAGCGUGCGGUUCCGAUGUCGUUGCCUGAGCUCAGAGACUGGUACAAGGAUUGGAACCCACUGGUGCAGAAGCUCUUCGACUUCUGCGAAGACACCGCGGCGAAAGCGAAACCUCAAACCAAUGGUGCAAGCAACGGUGACAACAGCAAUAUUUUCCCUGGGAAUGCCGCAUUUGAUCGUCUCGAGUCAUCCCCGCGGCCUAAAUACCCUAUACAUGUCUGGCAAAUGCCCGAGACUCUUCCCGAGAAAUGGGCGUCCGGUCAUGUGGCGCUCGUGGGCGAUGCUGCGCAUUCGAUGCUUCCAUGGGCUGGUCAAGGGAGCGGUAUGGCUUUAGAAGACGCCGCUACCUUGGCUGAGUGCCUCGAGCGGUACGAUCCUUCGAAUGACUCUGGUCCAAAGAUCCCCGAAUUGCUUUGCCAGUAUCAAGAUCUCCGAAAACCACGUUGCAAAUUAGUACAGAGCUCUGCUCACGACCGUGCGAUCGACAUGAUGCUUCCUGAUGGGCCAGCUCAGGAGUCGCGCAACAAGAAGAUGAAGGAGAACUGGGCCAAGCUUGAGCAGAAUCUGGCGAGAUUCGCGGCCUCGAAGGCCAAUGCGUCUUUCGUCAAACCCACGUCGGAAUACGCAGGCGCGAACUGGGAUCCAGAGGUUGUUGACAAGCUACCUUCAGUGAAUCAAGGGCCAGAAUACCUUCUGUGGCAGGACGGGUUUGACGCUAUAGGCUUUGCAAAGCGAAGGCUCGACGAGAUAUAUGGUCCGAAGCCAGUAAUUUACCGGUUAGAAGAUCAUGUUGAGGCAUGA